UGAACGUAUGAAGAAGAGAAAAAAGAGGGAACACGUCUGCAACAAAAAACGGCGCGCGUGAGUCUCGGGCCUAAAAACAAAAACGAAUUCCCUUCCUCACGUCUCACCCUUCUCCCAUUAGCAAGAGAGAACACAACACAACACAACACAAAAAAUCUCUCUCUCUUCCCAAAAACUCAAAAUCUCUUUGAAACAAAGUUUCCAUCUCUGCCUGCAAUCAUCAUCAUCAUCAUCAUCGCCUCUCUCUCUCUAUAUUCAAGAUUUCUCCUCAGAUCGUCAGAGAGGUGUGAAGAAUUAAAAAAAAUGGCAGAUUAUCAGAUGAAACCCGUUCUUCAAAAGCCACCAGGUUAUAGAGAUCCAAACAUGUCGUCUCCUCCUCCUCCCCCUCCUCCCAUGUCACAACAACCUAUGAGAAAAGCCGUCCCUAUGCCUACUUCUUACCGACCAAAGAAAAAACGCAGAAGCUGUUGUCGUUUUUGUUGCUGUUGCAUCUGCAUUACUCUUGUCCUCUUCAUCUUCCUCCUCUUGGUCGGAACAGCUGUUUUCUACCUCUGGUUCGAUCCUAAGCUUCCUACUUUCAGCCUCGCUUCCUUCCGUCUCGACGGAUUCAAACUCGCCGACGAUCCCGACGGCGCGUCUCUCUCCGCCACCGCCGUUGCCCGCGUUGAGAUGAAGAAUCCCAACUCGAAACUCGUCUUUUACUACGGAAACACCGCCGUGGAAAUGAGCGUUGGUUCAGGAAACGACGAGACCGGGAUGGGAGAGACGACGGUGAAUGGAUUCCGACAAGGCCCCAAGAAUUCGACGAGCGUGAAAGUGGAGACGACGGUGAAGAACGAGCUCGUGGAGAGAGGACUGGCUAAGAGACUCGCUGCGAAAUUUCAAAGCAAAGAUUUGGUAAUUAAUGUUGUUGCAAAGACUAAAGUUGGAUUAGGUGUCGGCGGAAUUAAGAUCGGAAUGCUCGCCGUUAAUUUGAGAUGCGGUGGCGUUAGCUUGAACAAGCUUGAUACUGAUUCACCUCAAUGCACCCUCAAUACACUCAAAUGGUUAAAUAUACAGUAAUGAGGACGGAAGGAUUUGAGGAUUUGGAAAAGACGGUUAUCUAACUACAUCCGUAUAAAUAUUUGUAACUUUACUGUAGACAUAAUAUUUUUCCUUUUUUAAAAUUUUAUAUUUUCAUACUCCAUUAAUUUUUAUUUUUGGGGGCAUUUGAUCAAAUUCAUUGAGGGGCAUAUUUAGGGAGUGUUGUGUUUUUAUUUUUUGUGUGUAAUAGUUUUUUUUUUUUGUCUGUGUAAUAUUUUAUGUGGGUAAUUUAUUUGGGAGGAAAACAUACUGUAAUGUGAUGAUUAUUUAUUUUUAAGAAUAUUUCGACAUUUUUGUGUAA